AACGAGGGAAACGUUGGUUAAAAAUGUUGUUCAACAUGAAACCAAACAGAGCCUCAGCUUCUGCAUUAAUGGCUCCUCCCUCUCUCUCCUCUCUCCUUCACCCUCACCCUCACCAUCCUUUCUCUUCCCCAAACCCUAACCUCGCCCGCAGGUAUACCCUUCCUUCCCGAACACCGCCAAGCACCGUAACCCCCCUCUCCUCCAGCCCCAGCCCCGGCGCCGACCAGCCCUCACCCUCUCCGGCGCCGCCCAAGAAGUCAUUCGCCAUCGCGACCGGCGAGCUCUUCCUGGGCCUGGCGUCGCGGCUCGUCAAGAGGCCCAGCCGUGGCCCGAACGGCGAGAAGGCGGCGGCGGACGCGGUCGCCAUGUUCGAAAACUAUGGUGGCGACGGCGGUGGGAAUUAUAGAGAGAGAAUUGGGAAGGUAAUGGAGGACGAGAUUGAGCCGGAGGUGGUGUGGGAGCAGCGCGUGAAAGACGUCGAGGCCGAGCGGCAGCGGCGCGUCGUCACCAGCCCCGGCUUCAGCUUCUCCGCCGCCGGUCUUCUCUUCCCUUACCAUCUCGGCGUCGCUCGGUUUCUUAUCCAAAACGGCUAUAUCAAGGACACAACUCCAUUAGCUGGUUCAUCAGCAGGUGCCAUAGUCUGCGCUGCGAUUGCUUCUGGAGCCAGCAUGGAAGACGCCUUGAAAGCUACUAAAGUACUGGCUGAAGAUUGCCGGACCAAAGGGACCGCAUUUCGGCUUGGGGCUGUUCUUCGAGAUAUCCUAGACAAGUUUUUGCCAGAUGAUGUACAUAGUAGAUCAAAUGGUCGCGUUCGUGUUGCUGUUACUCAGAUUCUGUGGAGGCCUAGGGGACUAUUGGUAGACAAUUUUGACUCCAAAGAAGAUCUAAUUAAUGCAGUUUUCACUUCUUCCUUCAUUCCGGGCUAUCUUGCACCAAGACCAGCAACGUUUUUCCGGAAUCAGCUUUGCAUUGAUGGGGGUUUAACGUUGUUUAUGCCACCAACAUCUGCUCCACAGACGUCUCUUUGCAGGUUCGUGUUUGUGCUUUUCCAGCUAGUCGAUUGGGAUUGGAUGGGAUUGGGAUCAGUCCCGACUGCAACCCGGAGAAUAGGGCCAGUCCUCGUGAGCUUUUUAAUUGGGCCCUUGAGCCAGCAGAAGAUUAUAUUCUUGACCGGCUUUUUGAGCUUGGAUAUCAAGAUGCAGCUGUAUGGGCUAAGGAGAACCCAGUUAGCGAAUUAGUUGAAGAUGGCGGCCCCUUAGUUGGGAAUGGCUUAGCACAGUAGUUCAACUUCAUACUUGUAUAGUGAAGGAAAUUCAUCCCAAUUUGACCUUGAAGAUGCAAGAAAUUACAGAAUAGUCGGCAAACCACUGAUUGCUGCAAUGGUCUUCAAAAUCAGGUCAGACAAGCAAAUUUUCAUAUUGUCCUAUAUUGAUUGUAAAUGGCAGAAACCAAGUUGACUUGCUAAAGUACUGUAUAUUGUAUUUAAGGUUCGGUAAUUCUUUGUAAGAUAUAUUACGUGAUAGAAAAAGAAAAGGAAAAACAAAAUGAUAAGACUCUUUACCUAAUCUUUCUUUAUCGAGAAAUGGCAUCUCACUCUACAGAGUCCCACUAGC